AUGGAUGCUGGUACACCAACUAUCACUACUACUGAGGAGAUUGUCUCCACUAUUGCUCGACAUUUUGAUCAGAACGCGAUUGCACUACUUCUGGACCAUCAAGGAGAUCAGAUCACUAUCACCGAGAAGGUAGUUAAGGCUGCCGCUGGAAACUGGAGGAACGGUAGGGAGGUGAUGGCCUUGCUUCUGGACCGUCGAGGUGAUCAGAUCACUAUCACUGAGGAGGUUGUCAAAGCUGCAGCUGGAAACGAGCGGAAUGGCAAGGAGGUGAUGACCUUGCUUCUAGACCGUCGAGGGGUCAAGGCUGCCGCUGGAAACAAGGAGAAGGGCAAGGAGGUUAUCACCCUACUUCUGGACCGUCGAGGAGACUAG